GGAAUUGUCAAACUCAUCCAACAAGCUACAGUAUUACUAUUUUGUUUUUUCCAACGAUAUAUCAUGUCUUCGGUUUAUGUUACUUAUUAUCUCUAUAUGUAUACAUAUAGAGGACAUUACCUCCACAAUAGUUCCAAAUCAUAUAGUACAAGUGAUAUUAAUUUCUCUGUAUAAUAAACAUGUCUUUUGUUAUGCUCAAGAAUCUCUUGCUCUCCCCUCUCCGUAAUUCCAUCCACAAAGAUUUCCGAAAUGUCUUUGACAGAAUGACUCUCCUCGACAAAUUAUUCUUUCUGAUUGUUCAUUUUAUUGAUAAGCAUAACUUUUGGCACCGGCUACCUGUGUUCUUUGGGCUACUUUAUCUCGGAGCGCGGCGGCAUCUUCACCAGCAAUAUAAUUUGAUCAACGUUGGUAGAACACCUACCGGGGUCCGAUCAAAUCCUGGGGAUUACCCUUAUAGAACUGCUGAUGGAAAAUACAAUGACCCUUUCAAUGAAGGUGCAGGCAGUCAAUUUUCGUUCUUUGGUAGGAAUAUGAUGCCUGUUGAUCAACAUAAUAAGUUAAAGAAGCCAGAUCCAAUGGUAGUAGCAACGAAGCUGCUAGCACGUAGAAAAUUCGUGGACACAGGAAAACAAUUUAAUAUAAUAGCAGCCUCUUGGAUACAGUUUAUGGUUCAUGAUUGGAUCGAUCAUUUGGAGGACACAGAGCAGAUUGAGCUAAGGGCACCUAAAGAAGUUGCAAGUGAGUGUCCUCUCAAGUCCUUUAAGUUUUACAAGUCCAAGCAAACUCCUACGGACUUUUAUGAAAUCAAAACUGGUCACUUGAACAACCGUACUCCCUGGUGGGAUGGAAGUGUAAUUUACGGUAGCAACGCCAAGGUUUUACAGAAAGUGAGAACAUAUGAAGACGGAAAGCUGAAACUAUCAGAAGAUGGGCUCAUCCAAGAAGAUGAAAAUGGUAAAAUCAUCUCUGGUGAUGUUCGCAACACUUGGGCUGGACUUUUGGCGCUACAAGCUCUCUUUGUUCAAGAGCACAAUGCUGUUUGUGACACUUUGAAG